AGAUCUUCAGGGGAGUGGUUUGCCAUGUCAACGGUUACACCCAACCCUCUCUACACGAUCUUCAUACUUUGAUCGUUCAGCAUGGAGGCGGCUUCAUUCAGUAUCUGGAUGGCAAGACUAUGGUCACUCACAUCAUCGCGAGCAAUUUAACUCGCAAAAAGAAGGAAGAGUUCAAGCGCUAUCGAAUUGUAAAGCCUGCUUGGGUUGUCGACAGUAUCAAGGCUGGCAAGCUGCUCCCCUGGGAUACGUAUCGAGUUGUGGACGAAGGCGUGGCCCAGAAGGUUCUCGGCUUCGACAAUGGACAAGUCGUGAGCCAGGUGAACAAAGCCACGCGGGGCUACCGUGAGCAGACAGACGCGAGUUGGUACACAAGUCAACUGCGUGGAUCACAGUCGACCGCACCUAGUAAACCGCCCUUACUUACACAAACUGUCACCCCUGACAUUGAAGAGAUAGAUGAUGAUGAUGAAUUUGGACUGCCAGAUAUUACGAGUUCCGUUGAGCAGGCACUGAAUGAGGCCGAAAAUUUGCCAACUGAUCAGGACGACGGCGGCUCGCGCGCACCGGAAGUCGCAGGUGGACCGCAGACGCCCCCUCCCACAAGUCCGAUGUCGCCGCCGCAGGAAGAGGCAAAGGUGGAAAUCGAGGCGCAGAGUCCGGAGGCAAUCGAACCAGAGCCGCCCCCUGGGCACCAAUCUGUCUUGAGGCCACGCGAAGGCUCACAGGAACCAGAUUACACGCAUUCUCUUAUCAGGAAUUCUGAAGUACUGAAGAACAUUUCUCCCACCAAGCUGGCUGCCAUGACUGCGGAAGAGCACAAUGCCUUGAUACUAUCUGAUCCGAAGAUUCGAAAGUCCACCGUGGUCCACCCCGACUUUCUGGAACAGUAUUAUCGCGAGUCGCGACUACACCAUCUCUCUACCUGGAAGGCCGAUCUCAAAUCCCAGCUUCAGGCACUGGCUUCCGAGAAGUCCUCCUCCCAAAAGGCCAAACAGAAACGGCAGCCCGGGCAGAGACGCUAUGUGAUGCAUGUUGAUUUCGACAGCUUUUUUGCUGCAAUCUCAUUGAAGAAAUGUCCUCAAUACAAAGACAAGCCUGUUGCGGUCGCACAUGGUGGUGGUUCUGGUUCUGAAAUCGCGAGCUGUAAUUACCCAGCACGAAAAUUUGGCGUCAGCAACGGCAUGUGGAUGAAACGCGCACAGGAGCUCUGCCCAAGCAUAAAGAUAUUACCUUACGACUUCCCAGGGUACGAGGACGCGAGUCGCAAAUUCUACGAUGCCAUCAUGGCUACUGGAGGCAUCGUGCAGAGUGUCAGCAUUGACGAGGCUCUCGUAGACAUCAGUGUGAUGUGCUUCACUGGCAGUGGCACUGAUGGUGUCAGGCGUGAUGAGGGUGCGGUGCAUCGGGAACAGAGUAGAGCUGAUGAGAUAGCGCAAGCACUCCGAGAUGAAGUUCUUCAAAAAACUGGUUGUGCUGUCUCCGUCGGCAUCGGGGCCAAUAUACUACAGGCUAAAAUUGCUUUGCGCAAAGCCAAGCCUGCUGGACAGUACCAGAUCAAGCCAGACGAUGUGCUGGAAUUCAUUGGGCAAUUAGAAGUGCAGAAGCUUCCAGGGGUCGCUUGGAGCAUUGGUGGCAAACUGGAAGAGAUUGGCAUCAAAUUGGUCAAAGAUGUCCGCGAAACAUCGAAAGAGAAGCUGAUCAACACCCUUGGCCCGAAAACUGGGGAGAAAAUCUACGAAUAUGCUCGCGGAAUUGACAAAACAGAAGUUGGAGAACAGGUCGUGCGCAAGUCUGUAUCCGCGGAGGUCAAUUGGGGCGUGCGCUUUGAGAACCAGGAGCAGGUGGACGAGUUCAUGAGUGGGUUGUGCGGCGAGCUGCACAAACGUCUUAUGAAGGAGCGGGUUAAAGGCCGACAAUUGACCAUGAAGGUCAUGAAGCGUGCUGCAGAUGCCCCUUUGGAUCCACCAAAACAUCUGGGACAUGGCAAAUGCGAUGUCUUCAACAAAAGCUUGCAGCUCGGCGUUGCCACCAAUGACCACGCACUGAUCGCGAGAGAGGCAAUUGCUUUGAUCAAGUCGUUCAACAUUUCGCCAGGCGAGCUGCGAGGCAUAGGCAUACAGAUGCAAAAGCUGGACCAGAUCAAGGUUGGCGCUGAGGGUGCGGAUCAAGGCAGUCAACGACGAUUGCAGUUCAAAGCCGGCCCUGGCUUUUCGAAAGCUGCACCAUCUGUACCGCCAGUAGUCCCGAGAGAUGACAUCCAGGAUGAAGGCCACACGCCGCCAAAGAAGCGCAUCGCUGAAGCCAACAAGCCAAGCGCAGCAUUCCGUCCAGCCAAUCCUGGAACACCAAGCAAGAAACCACUGAAUGUGUUGGGCACGCAGUUUGUACUGCCGACCCAAGUCGACCCUGCCGUCCUUGCUGAACUCCCUGAGGAUAUUCGAGCCAAGCUCGCUCGCCAGGUGCACGUCAAGGCUGGCGUCGAAGAAGUAGAAGAGGCUCCGCCAGCACCAGAGGUCAUUCCGAAGCUGAGACUUGCCGAUACGAAAGACUCUCUACCCCCGUCGAGAGCCCAUUCACCAGCGACCAUUGUGCCGCCACAAUCGCAGCUUGACCUCAGCAUCCUCAACGCAUUACCCGCAGACCUUCGAGCUGAGGUGCUUGGUUUCUACAAAAAGCCCCAAGCAGGCCCAAGCAGACAAGGCGACCAAUGUGUACUACCGCAAUCGCCUCGCAAAAAUCGUACACUGCCACCCCCUCCCCCAGUAGUCAAACGUGGUCGUGGACGUCCAAAAGGCGCCAAAAAUCUCACUUCUCGUUUACGAAAAGUCGCAAACGACCGAUCCACCUUAACACAGUCCAACUUCAUUGCUCACAGCGCGCCCAUACCUGCCAUAUCCGAAGCAGUAGCCUCCCAUUCGUCCAAAAAAUCUGCAUCCGAAGUCGAAGAAGAGCAGCAGCUCGACCCAGAAGUCCUCGCCGCAUUGCCCGCAGAGCUUCGCAAGGAAAUCCUCGCGCAGCAGCGACAAGAACGUUUACAGCGCACGGGCGGAAUUGAUACUUCGCUGCAUCAACGACCGAAGAAGAAUUCAUGGCUCAAUGUCAACAACAAGAAAGAAACUUCGAUAGUCGUGACAGAUUCGGAUUCGGGUCUGCCAGAACAGCAUCCACAACGACAACAACAUUCUUUCCUCCUCCCUCCUCGACCUCCCCAACCGACUUUCACGAGUCAAAAACUCAGCACAUUGCCCGAAUUACGCAGUGCGAUUAGUGCAUGGUUCCAAGAAUUUCAGGAUGAAGCGCCUUUUGUCGAGGAUGUGGAUGCGCUGAUUACAUAUUUGAAAGCUGUAGUUCUAGACGAGAGGGAUUUGGAUAAAGCUGUCAAAUUGGUGAAAUGGAUGGCUUGGGUGAUUGAAGAACAUGGUGAGGAUGUGCCUGAAGAUGUACUGAAUGGUUGGACGGAUGCGUUGGGGAGGACGAGGAGUGGUGUGCAGGAUGCUGCGAGGGAAAGAGGGUUGGGGUGUGUUGUGUUUGAGUGAUGUUUGAGUCGAGGACGAUAACGAAUAAUGCAAUGUCACAACCAAUAUUGAUC